AUGUCCGAUCUGCAGGGUGUGUUGUUUUGCGCCGGCGGCGGCACACGCAUGUCGGCCCUCACCGAUGACAUUCCGAAAUGUCUUCUACCCGUUGUUGGCGUUCCAAUGUUCAUUUAUCCGCUUUCAUCAAUCCUUCGCGCCGGCGUACGAGACAUCAAGAUAUUUGUGCGAGAAGGUUGCCGAUCGGCGCUGGAAGUUGAAAUCAAAAAAUCGGGACUUCUCGAGAAAUUCGCCGCCAACAUUGACUAUAUAGUAGUUAGUAUGAAUCAUGAGGAUUAUGGAACCGGUGAUCUCCUUAGGCAGAAUCAUUCCAAAAUUACGAGAAACGCGCUGAUCGUCUCGUGCGAUUUCGUCUCCGACGCCAGCCUUCUGCCAAUGAUCGAGUUUUUUCGCGCUCAUCGCGCGAGUCUCGUCGCGCUUCUCGACGACAAUUGUGUGACGACGUCGACGCCGCCGGGACCGAAAACCAAAAAACCCAAAGCCACCGAUUUGAUAGCGAUCGACGAGAAAUCGGGCCGAUUCGGAUAUUUAUCGGUCGACGAGGACUUCGACGGUGUACUCCACACGGAGAAGAUGUCGGAGUUGUUGGCGCGAGUUCAGUUGAGCGCCAAAUUCAACGAUUGCCACGUGUAUUUGAUAAGGCAUCAUGAGCUUCAAAUAUUGAACAAACACAAAUCGUUCUCGUCGUUCAAAGCCGACUUUGUGCCCUAUCUCAUCGAUCAACAAUUUGAAGAUUCGAGCGUUCAAUGCUACGCGUAUCGACUACCCCAUGAGAACGGAUGUGUCACGGCGCACGCCAACACGAUUGGCGCCUAUUUCGAGCUCAACAAAGCGAUAUUGAAAACGUUCGCGCGUUUGAUGCCCGACAAGGGCAACGGCAAAACGCUCAAUUAUCGGCACGACGGCAUCGCGGCGAAUGAGAGUCGCGUCGAGAAUAGUGUGCAGGUUGGCGAGAAGUCGAUAAUCAAACGAUGUGUGAUUCUCGAUCACUGUAAAAUUGGCGAGAGGGCGAAACUCAAAGAAUCGCUCAUAUUCCGGAAUGUCGGCAUUGGUGUCGGCGCUUCGGUGACGAACUCGAUCGUGUGCGAAGGUGCCGAAAUCGGCGAACACGCGGAUGUCACGAAUUGCAUUGUGACGAAAGGCCAGAAAGUUGGAGCGCGCGUGAAACUUCAAAACGAGAUCGUGGAAGACGAUGAUGCCGAAUGGGCGAGCGACUAG